UGCAGGCGCUGUCCACUGCGGUGGUGCUGAAGCGUGCCAGAAGCCUCUCCACGGUCGCUGCAGCGCAUCGGACGAGCGGGCGGAUUGGCGGGCGGCCAGACUGAGUCGAGCCGGGCUAGGCUAGGCUGGGCUGGGCUGGCGGCGUAAUCUCCGCGCUCCCCUCCCCCGCGAGCCAUUGCCAUUCGCCGCACGUCCCCGCCCGCCUCACUGUGCGCACUGCCUGCCUGCCUGCCUGCCUGCCUGCUCAGCUCGCUCGCUUGCUCGCUCGCUCGGCCUCGCCGUCGCCAUGGCCAGCACCUUCGCCCGCAUCGUCUCGGCCCGAAGAUCCGCCGGCCUCCUAGCCUUGGCGGGCGCAGCCGGCUCACUGGCCGCCGCUGGCUUCCUCCUCUCCCGGGACUCCGUGGGCGCCGCGGUGGCCAACCGGCGCCGCUACCCGGCUAGUGCUGAGUACCCUGACCUGCGGAAGCACAACAACUGCAUGGCCAGCAACUUGACACCAACCAUCUACGCCCAGCUCUGUGACAAGGCCACCCCCACCGGUUGGACCCUGGACCAGUGCAUCCAGACCGGCGUGGACAACCCUGGGCACCCCUUCAUCAAGACUGUAGGCAUGGUAGCAGGGGAUGAGGAGUCUUAUGAGGUCUUUGCAGGUAUUUUCGACCCAGUGAUUGAGGAGCGCCACAACGGCUACAACCCCCGCACUAUGAAGCAUCCCACGGACUUGGACUCCAGUAAGAUCAAGGCAGGCCACUUUGACGAGCGCUACGUGCUGUCCUCACGAGUGCGGACGGGCCGCAGCAUCCGGGGUCUCAGCUUGCCUCCAGCUUGCAGCCGGGCCGAGCGCCGAGAGGUGGAGAGGGUCACAGCAGAAGCCCUGGCUGGCCUGAGUGGAGACCUGGCUGGCAAAUAUUACCGCCUCAGUGAGAUGACGGACAAGGAGCAGCAGCAGCUCAUUGAUGAUCACUUCCUAUUUGACAAACCUGUCUCCCCUCUGCUGACAGCUGCAGGCAUGGCUCGUGACUGGCCUGAUGCCCGAGGAAUCUGGCACAAUCACGAGAAAACCUUCCUGGUCUGGGUCAAUGAGGAGGACCACACCCGUGUCAUUUCCAUGGAGAAAGGAGGCAACAUGAAGAGAGUAUUUGAGAGGUUCUGCCGGGGAUUGAAGGAGGUGGAGCGCCUGAUCCAGGAGAGGGGCUGGGAGUUCAUGUGGAACGAGAGGCUGGGCUACAUCCUGACGUGCCCCUCCAACCUGGGCACUGGACUGCGUGCUGGGGUGCACAUCAAGCUGCCGCUGCUGAGCAAGGAUAGCCGCUUCUCAAAGAUCCUGGAGAACCUGAGGCUGCAGAAACGUGGCACUGGUGGUGUGGACACAGCCGCCACGGGGGGCACCUUUGAUAUUUCCAACCUGGAUCGCCUGGGCAAAUCAGAGGUGGAGCUGGUGCAGCUAGUGAUUGACGGUGUCAACUACCUGAUUGACUGCGAACGGCGCCUGGAGCGGGGUCAGGACAUCCGCAUCCCUUCGCCUGUGGCCCAGUUCCGCAGCUGAGCCCAGUCCAGCCCAGGGCUCUUUGCAGACACCAGUGGGCAGAAGUCCUGUGUGGGCAGGAGGCACAUGAUGCACUGCACCAAACCCCAUAAAACUCUGGCUGCUGUAACAUU